AUGGAGAAUUCCUCAAUAAGUGGAGUUCAUGAUUUCAAUAUGGCUUCAAGAAAAGCUGGAGAAGCAGCAUUGAGACGCUAUGAGGCAACGCAAUGGCUAGAAAGUCAAGUUGGUCCUCUCGGAAUAUCUAAGCAACCCUCGGAACGAGAACUUGUUUCUUGCUUGAGAAAUGGUCUAAUUCUUUGCAAGGCCAUUAACAAGAUUCAUCCCGGAGCAAUACCAAAGAUAGUGGAUAGUCAAGUACCAAUACAAUCACUUGCUUGGGAUUCCCAGCCUUUGCCUGCCUAUCAGUAUUUUGAAAAUGUCCGCAACUUUGUUAAUGCUGCCGGAGAAUUAAAGCUUACAGCUUUUGAAGCUUCUGAUCUUGAAAAGGAAAGUGUAGAGAAUGGAUCAGCUGGAAAGAUUGUUGAUUGCAUUCUAUCACUGAAAUGGUUUCAUGAGUCGAAGCAGAUGAACAAUCAGAGUGGAUCCAGCAAACGCUUGAAGUCUCCUUUAGUUAUGCAAUCAAUUAGUAGAAUGCAACAAAGAGCCGCAACUGCAUUACCCUCUGAGGCUUGCAGGCGCUUGGAUUUGUCUGCAACAUCUGAAAAAAAGCCUCCCGCUGAGAGUAGUUUUCAAACUCGAGAAGUUGCAGCAGAAAAUAUGGAAUCACUUGUCAAGAUACUAGUCGACCGAAUGCUUGAUGCCAAAGAAAAUGUCGAUGGAAAGCUUGUUGCUUCUAUUUGUAAUGGAGACCUGGAUCCAAUAAACCUAUUUAAUCAGGUUUUGGCUAGUUGUUGUGGGGAACAGCCAUCUACGAAGUUCCCUGAGUUGCCGUUGCUACUAAAGAAUUUUAUUAAAGAAGGGAAUAGCUUACCAACUCAUCUCACUACCAAAAGCACAGAAUCAAAUGCUUUCUUUGCACCUAAAAAUUUCAAGUGUUCCAGAUCUUGCCUCGGAAAGUGCACAUGCAAUCACAGGCUUCUCAUAGAAAUACAGAAAAAAGAACUUCGGGAUCUUAAAGCUUUGAAGUUGAGAAUUAAGAGUGAGUUUGAAGAGAUGCAAUCACAGGUUCAAAGGUUUUUCAAUGAUAUAGGUAGUCAAGUAAAUGAGAUGUCAGCCAAAGCGGUUGGGUAUCACAAAGUAGUGGAAGAGAACAGAAAACUAUACAACAUGGUCCAAGAUUUGAAAGGUAAUAUCAGAGUAUACUGCCGAAUCAGACCUGCGUUCAGUGCUGAAUCCAAGAAUGUGGUUGAUUUCAUCGGUGAAGACGGUUCUCUAUUUAUUUUAGAUCCAUCAAAAACAUCAAAAGAUGGAAGAAAAUCUUUUCAGUUUAAUAGGAUUUUUGGUCCAACAGCUGGGCAAGAUGAGGUUUAUAGAGACACUCAACCAUUAAUUAGAUCUGUGAUGGACGGUUACAAUGUCUGUAUUUUUGCUUAUGGUCAAACUGGAUCUGGGAAGACUCAUACCAUGAGUGGUCCUUCAGGUGGAACAUCCAAAGAUAUGGGGAUUAACUAUCUGGCUCUUAAUGAUUUAUUUCAUAUGUCUAAUGAAAGGGAGGCUACUAUAAAGUACGACAUUUAUGUUCAAAUGGUUGAGAUUUAUAAUGAACAAGUAAGAGACCUACUUGCCGAAGACAAAACAGAAAACAAAUAUCCUUUACCAUAUACCUAUUAUUAUUCAUUAGAGAUCCGAAGCUGCAACGACGAUGGUUUAAGUCUCCCGGAUGCUAGAAUGCUGUCAGUGAAAUCUACAACAGAUGUUAUGACCCUUAUGAAAUUUGGCGAGGUAAAUCGCGCUGUUAGUUCUACUGCAAUCAAUAAUAGGAGUAGUCGCUCCCACAGUGUACUUACUGUACAUAUUAAUGGCAAAGAUAUUACUGGCAACUCCAUUCGCAGUUGCCUUCAUUUAAUAGAUUUGGCCGGAAGUGAAAGGGUGGACAAGUCUGAAGUCACGGGAGAUAGACUAAAGGAAGCACAGUAUAUUAACAAGUCUCUUUCUUGUUUGGGAGAUGUGAUCACAGCAUUAGCACAAAAGAAUUCUCACAUUCCUUACCGGAAUAGCAAACUUACACUUCUUUUGCAAGAUUCCUUAGGCGGACAUGCUAAAACUUUGAUGUUUGCGCACAUGAGUCCCGAAACAGAUUCUUUUGGUGAAACAGUGAGUACUCUAAAGUUUGCUCAGAGGGUUUCCACUGUGGAACUUGGGGCAGCCCGAGUAAAUAAAGAAAGCAGUGAGGUUAUGCAACUUAAAGCACAGGUUGAAAACCUUAAGACGCAAUUGGCCAACAAGGAAAAUUCAAGACCGAUGUUCAAUAGAACUAAAGAACCUCGGACUCCAUUAGAAAAAACUCCACUGCGACCUCGAAGACUUAGUAUUGAAAAUUCUAGCAUGACAAAGACUGACAAACCUGUGAAAGUUGAGGAUAAAAGUGGAGCCAAGUCACCUUCUUACAUUCCCCGUUCAAGAAGACUAAGCUUGGAAGGUCCAAGAAAUAUAAAAAAAGCAUCUGCUGAUGUAAGCAAAACUUUACAGUUUGAGCCAAUGUCUCAACAGAAAUAUCAUCCACAGCAAGAUCCCGAAGCCGUAGCAAAGCUAAAUGGUCGAUUGAGCAAUGAGAGUUCCACAUCAGCGUUGCAUGCUAAAUUUCCUCCAAGUCCUUCUACAAACAUCUAUCCGAAGAGUUUGAUAGAAGUUGAUAAUGUGGUCCAAAUCCACCCUGUUAAACUACCUCAAACACCUGAAUCAACACUGCUAGAUAAAAAUGAUUCAAACAAAAUUUUGCCAGGCGACCUUGGUGAUUCCAUAACAACAAAGGGGAUAGGUAGCACGAGCGGAAAAGGGUCCCAGUUCAGAAGAUCUCUGAGAACAAUUGGGAAACUGAUUAGUGGCCCUGAUAAAAGAAGCCAACAAACUAUGGUUGAAGUGAAGUCACCUACCAAGGGAGGCAUUCAUGUAAGUCAGAUAAAUUCGCCAGUAGCAACUAGUGAGAAGACAAAAAGGAGGCAAUCUUUAACAGGAAUUCCAUCCGGGCCUAACAAUAGGCGAAGAUCCUCUCUUGGAGGGAAGCCAGACCCCGUAGCAUAUGAUGAGAAGGAGAGAAAUGCCAAAACGCCUCCUCAUGUUCGUUCAGAAAGCAAGACUGCAAAAAGGUGGCAAUAG